AUGGCUUUCCACACUCGCUCUAACAGCUUCCCCUCAAGGCCACACCCGAUCGUUCAACAAGUUGAUGAACAGUUGUCUAGAUUGAGGUCUUCCGAAACCACCUCCACAUCUUCCAUAUCCAUCAACCACAACCUAAGUAGCAUCGGAGACUUGUAUGGUUGUGUUGAUAAGUUGCUUCAGUUGCCCCUCACUCAACAAGCCUUGGCCCAGGAGCAGAAUGAGAAAUGGAUUAAUGAGCUAUUAGAUGGCUCUCUCAGACUCUUGGACGUUUGCAGCACUGCCAAGGAUGCGGUCUUGCAAACGAAGGCAUAUGUACAGGAUCUUCAAUCGAUCAUAAGAAGAACGCGAGGAGGGGAAUCUGGAGCUCUCACAAGUGAGGUUAACAAAUACUUGAGCUUCAGGAAGAUGGUUAAAAAGGCAAUCCAAAAGGCUAUGAAGAAUCUUAAGGGAAGCGAAAGAAAAUCCACAUUUUCUUCUCCUAGCAACGACAACGAGACUGUUGCCAUUAUUAGCAAGUUGAGAGAUGUUGAAAAAAUCACUCUCACAGUGUUCAAAUCACUUCUGUUCUUCGUCUCUGGGCCAAAGUCAAAGCCAGGCAGCUGGUCAUUGGUUUCCAAGAUGGUUCCCACCAAAAAAGUUGCAUGCGACGAAGAAACUGAGGCAAAUGAAUUUGCACAAGUCGAUGCUGCACUACAUAAGACAAUCAAAUCUGAGAACACGCAGAACCAGCUUGAGAAGCUGGAGUCAUGCAUUCAAGAUCAGGAAGAAGGACUUGAGAGCCUAUUUAGGCAAAUGAUCAAAACAAGAGUCUCCCUCCUUAACAUCCUAAAUCACUAG